AUAAGGGCCGCGGCCCAGGCGGGCGGGAGCCAGGCCGACCAUGGCGGAUGUCUCCGGGGCGCAGCGAGCGGCUGCCGGCGGCGGCCUGGAGCCCCGGGACCCCCUGGACUGCUGGGCCUGCGCCGUGCUGGUCACGGCCCAGAAUCUGCUGGUAGCGGCCUUCAACCUCCUCCUGCUGGCGCUCGUGCUGGGGACCAUCCUGCUGCCCGCUGUCACCAUGCUGGGCUUCGGCUUCCUCUGCCACUCCCAGUUCCUGCGCUCCCAGGCACCGCCUUGCACGGCGCACCUGCGGGACCCGGGCUUCACGGCCCUGCUGGUCACCGGCUUCCUGCUCCUCGUGCCGCUGCUCGUGCUCGCGCUGGCCAGCUACCGUCGCCUCUGCCUGCGCCUCCGCCUGGCCGACUGCCUCGUGCCCUACAGCCGAGCCCUCUACCGGCGCCGCCGCGCCCCGCAGCCGCGGCCCGCCCAGGCCUCCCCUGGGCCCCAGGCCGCCCCCGCAUCAGGGAAGGUCUGGGUUUGAGGACCCUCGGGUCGGGAGCUACCCUCACGACUGCCCCCGCUCCCGGUCGCCCCAAGGACUUGAAGCCUGGGUGCGGGGGGGGGGCGGUCUCCCGACCUUCCCUGCUCCCCAUCCCUGCCCAAGCCGGGUCCCAACAUCCCCUGGGGGAAGCGGAGCAUCUGCGGACCCAAAGCUGGCGGAAAUCCGCCACGCCCCGGAAAACCCACUUUCCUACUACCUACAUCUGAAUCCUAGACAUCUGGGCUGGACUCUGGGCUGGACCCUGCGCACCCCCCGCCCCCCACCAUUCGGACGAACCUCGCGUCCUCCUCUCCUGGUGCAGCUCCUCUGGUAUCUGCGGGCUGGGGGGCGAGCUUCGAGAGGGAAGGAGUGACCCCACAUCAAUAAAGAAUUAACGAACUGAA